UCGUGUCGUGCACACCGUGUAACUUUAUUUGACUAUCUUCUCAACGCACUUUAUUUCAACUUUUGUUGCCCAUUACAAGAUAAUACUUCUCUUCAAUCCCCUCCCACACUCAAACUAAUUAGAGGCUCUGAUUGAAACCAUCAUUAUGAUAUUUUUGCGAACUAAAACACCAGAUAUUUGUGCCUAUGUAAAAGAAAGAAAUGCACGUCAAGCUAGCUAAGGGGAUAAGCAUGUAGUGCCUUUUGAUGCUUACCAAGCCUUUAUGGCAAAAGGGUUUGGAAUAAGAAGGGAAAAAAAAUUGCUGUAGAGAAUGGUGGUGUGCUUAGAAUCGAAGCUGAAAAGGGAAAAUGGAUGCAGAUUACCACAAACACACGUUAUUGAACCUCAUUGAAGGAAUUGUAUAUUCAACAGAAGUUAUGGACAGGAACGACAACUUCACAAUACCAAACUUCGAGACCGAAGCCAUGGACUCCUCACAGACAUGCUCAACUCCUAGGAGGAAGAAGAAGAGUAACAACAACAUGAACAAAAGAAGGCUCAGUGACGAACAAAUCAGAUCACUGGAGACCAUAUUUUAUUCAACAGAUUCAAGGCUGGAUUCGAGGAAGAAGGUCCAGCUAGCAACUGAGUUGGGACUGCAACCUCGCCAGAUUGCUAUAUGGUUUCAGAAUAGAAGAGCAAGAUGGAAGUCCAAGGAGAUGGAGAACAAUUUCAGGAGCCUCAAAGCUAUCUAUGAUAAUCUAGAAUCUCAGUUUAAAACUUUACAGGAAGAGAACAACUCCAUGCUCUCACAGUGGCAUUUGAAACAGUUGCAGAAGCUAAACGUGCUUCUUCAAGGACCUUGUGUUGGCAAUUAUUCGAACGAUAUUAGCAGAACCACUCGUGAAACUCAAGAAAGGCCAAAAAGCUUUCAAGAUGAAUUGGAACUGAGUGUGGUCACGUAUAUGAACAAUAAUUAUAACACAAACAAGAAGUGUAUAGCAAACGGAGAAGGCAAAAGCGACGACAUAAGCCAUGUCGAGGAGCAAGCAUGUCAACUUUUGAACCUGAAUGGAUUGUUUGAAUCAACUUCUGAGAAAUUGUGCAGUUUUAGUUUUGACUCAGAUGGUGAUUUCUUCGAAUAUCAGUCAUGUAGCAGCAGUGUGCAGGGGCCAAAUUUCUGGGGAUGAUAGGUAUCCAGAGUCAAAAAAAAAUAUUAGCCCCUAAAUCUGAUGAGUAAGGCUGCCAAAGUGAACUAAAGAUUAGCUCCCAAAUACUGGAUUAUAACUACUAACUGGAAGAUAACCAUUUAGACACGACUGUCCGAGGAACUGUCAGCUGCUAGUUGCUUUGUAGUAAUUUCUUGAGUGAAUAAAAUCCCAGUUACAGAUUUGAAAAGUAUUAUUCAUUUGUCUUUAUGCAAUUACAAAAGAACAGAUAUUUGUAGAAGUUCAAAUAAACAAUGCAGACGGAUCAAUUCCUACUGAGCUUUUGAAGGCGAUA